CGGCGGCGGCGGCGGCGGCCCGGGCUCCGGCUGUCGGGGAAGCUGCUGAGCUGUGAUGGUGAUGACGAGGUGAAAAUGGCGGAUCUUUCGAAAUACAAUCCCGGCCCCUGACAUACCAGAGGCGGCGGCCGCGGCGGCGUCGCCACCCGGGCUCCCUCCUCGGCCCCCGGGAUCCCUGUAGCGCUCCAGUUCGGGCAGACUGGGGAAGGAAGAGGCUGGCCGGAGCUACCGUGCACAGGCAAAACAAGCACCGCCCGGGCUCGGAAUUGCCCGGGACCUUCUGGAGUCCCCACCUCGGAGCCGGAGGGAGGAGACAGCGGCAGCCGCCGGAGUGCCUGAUCAACUUUCUAGCAGGAGAACGAUCAUGGAGGUGGUGCCAGCUGAGGUGAAUAGUUUGCUUCCAGAGGAGAUAAUGGACACUGGUAUAACUUUAGUGGAUGAUGAUAGUAUUGAGGCUGUUAUUGUUUCAUCCCCAAUUCCCAUGGAGACAGAACUGGAAGAAAUUGUCAACAUAAAUUCUACUGGUGACUCUACAGCCACGCCCAUUUCCACGGAACCAAUAACAGUGUACAGUAACCACACUAACCAAGUUGCAGUGAAUACCACAAUUACUAAAGCAGAUUGUAAUACCACAGUGAAACCAGCUUUUCCAAGUGGCCUUCAAAAACUUGGUGCUCAGACUCCUGUGACUAUAUCAGCCAAUCAGAUUAUUUUAAACAAAGUAUCACAGACAUCUGAUCUUAAACUUGGCAAUCAGACCCUUAAACCAGAUGGACAGAAGUUAAUUUUAACAACUUUGGGCAAGUCUGGUUCACCAAUUGUUUUAGCACUACCCCAUAGCCAACCCCAGGCUCAGAAAGUUACAACUCAGGCCCAGUCAGGAGAUGCUAAGUUACCACCGCAGCAAAUUAAAGUAGUUACCAUUGGAGGGAGGCCAGAGGUGAAACCUGUCAUUGGUGUCUCAGCAUUGACCCCAGGAAGUCAACUGAUUAAUACUACAACUCAGCCCUCUGUGUUACAGACCCAACAGUUAAAAACAGUACAGAUUGCGAAGAAGCCUCGAACACCAACCUCUGGUCCAGUAAUCACGAAGCUGAUCUUUGCAAAACCAAUUAAUAGUAAAGCAGUUACAGGACAGACAACUCAAGUAUCACCACCAGUCAUUGCAGGUAGGGUUCUUUCACAGUCUACUCCCGGGACUCCAUCAAAGACCAUAACAAUAUCUGAAAGUGGUGUUAUUGGAUCAACUUUAAAUUCUACAACACAGACACCAAAUAAAAUAGCCAUCUCACCUUUGAAAUCGCCAAAUAAGGCAGUGAAAUCAGCUGUGCAGACCAUCACUGUUGGAGGAGUGAGCACAUCACAAUUUAAGACAAUUAUUCCUCUGGCAACUGCUCCCAAUGUCCAGCAGAUUCAAGUGCCCGGAAGCAAGUUUCAUUAUGUCCGACUUGUUACUGCCACAACAGCCAGUAGCUCAACCCAGCCAGUUAGUCAGAAUCCCAGUACAAACACUCAGCCUCUUCAGCAAGCAAAGCCAGUGGUCGUUAAUACCACCCCAGUGCGGAUGUCAGUGCCACUUGUCUCAGCGCAGACUGUCAAACAAGUUGUUCCAAAACCAAUCAAUCCAACUUCUCAAAUAGUCACCACCAGCCAGCCACAGCAGCGGCUUAUCAUGCCUGCCACCCCACUGCCACAAAUCCAGCCAAACCUCACGAACCUGCCACCAGGCACUGUGCUGGCACCGGCUCCGGGAACAGGGAAUGUAGGCUAUGCGGUGCUUCCUGCUCAGUAUGUGACUCAGCUACAGCAGUCUUCCUAUGUGUCUAUAGCAAGCAACUCUAACUUUACCGGAACACCUGGUAUCCAGACCCAGGCAAGGCUUCCGUUCAAUGGCAUAAUGCCAUCAGAGUCUGCCAGUCGGCCCAGAAAGCCUUGUAAUUGUACAAAAUCGCUGUGUUUGAAAUUAUACUGUGAUUGCUUUGCAAAUGGUGAAUUUUGCAACAACUGCAAUUGUACUAAUUGUUAUAAUAACUUGGAACAUGAAAAUGAAAGGCAAAAAGCAAUAAAGGCAUGCCUUGACAGAAAUCCAGAAGCUUUUAAGCCCAAGAUAGGGAAAGGAAAGGAGGGAGAAUCAGAUCGACGUCACAGCAAAGGAUGUAAUUGCAAACGAUCAGGAUGUCUUAAAAACUACUGUGAAUGCUAUGAGGCAAAAAUAAUGUGUUCCUCAAUAUGCAAAUGUAUUGGCUGUAAGAAUUUUGAAGAAAGCCCAGAAAGAAAGACAUUGAUGCACUUGGCAGAUGCAGCCGAAGUAAGGGUACAGCAACAAACAGCAGCAAAGACUAAGUUAUCCUCUCAGAUUUCGGACUUGCUUACUAGGCCAACACCAGCUUUGAAUAGCGGAGGAGGAAAAUUGCCAUUUACGUUUGUCACUAAGGAAGUAGCUGAAGCCACGUGUAAUUGCCUUCUUGCCCAGGCAGAGCAGGCAGACAAGAAGGGGAAAUCAAAGGCAGCAGCUGAACGGAUGAUACUUGAGGAAUUCGGGCGAUGUUUGAUGAGCGUCAUCAACUCUGCAGGAAAAGCAAAAAGUGACCCUUGUGCCAUGAAUUGCUAACUCUUGCACAAAAGACUGAUAAAUCGAACUGUACAGAAAAUUGAACGUGCAGGGACACUUGAUUUUCUGGAAGAUAGUUUAACAAUUAUUGUAUUGUUAAUUCAGUCUUGUGAGACCUGACAUUAUAAUAUUGAAAGAGGAGAAAUUUUAAAUGAGGAAAUUGCAUUUUAAAUCUUAGUUAAAUCUGCAUAUGCCCCUUCUAAAUUGAAUUUUUCUUUAUUGUAUUAUAUAGAUUUUUAAU